UUGGAAGCUUUACAGGGUCCAGCAGGUGUAGCAGUUUUGAUUGAAAUUGACAAGGUGGAGACUGCAGAAGUCGGACCGAGGGCUACUCUUACACAACAAACAAUCAAAGGAAUACUUGUGAAAGGAGCUCAUGAAACACCACAAUUCAUUCCUAUGGAAAAAGUCCAGAAGGAUAAAGAUGGCAAGAUCAAAUAUCGUAAUUAUACUAUGGGACAGCUAGUUAAGGGCAAACAUGGAGAGGCAAUAUUUUAUGCUGAUGGACAAUGCCAGUGCGAUGCGUCGGGUAAUCCACAGAAUAUGAAGGUUAAAGGAGUGGAUGAAACUAUCCAGAAGAAGAUUGGAGAAACAUUGUGCGUUGCAUGCGAGGUAGAAGUCAACGAAAAAGGUAUGCCAGUAGUCAAGCAUAUCGCCUGUGCUGAAGAUGUUCCGAAGGAUAAAUACGCAGCUGUUGGAACGGUUAACAAGAAUACAGAUGGAUUCGUUGUGUUCACACAAACAGCAGGACAGAAGCUUGGAAGCAGCGAUAAUGCGCCUGUUGUAAAUUGCACACCUAGUGAAAAACUUGAAUCUGGUGGUGUGAUAGGAAAAGUUUAUGAAGACAAGCAGGGAAAAACAGUGGUGCUCAAAAAAGAUGCCAAGCCUGCCCCGGAUCAAAAACCAGUUGGAGCAAUGCUUUUGGGUGCCUAUCGCCAACCAGUGUUUGUCAAAGAUGUUAAGCAAUGCGAAUGUCAGGCAUCUCAGAAUAUGCCGAUUAUCAUUAUGUAA